AUGAAGACCUUCUCCAUCGCCGUUGCCAUGCUAGCGUCCCUAGUCGCUGCAGGGGACUUUAGCAAGAGUUGCACGGACGAACACGUCGACCCCGCAACCCAGGUUCUGACGGCGAACUGCAGCGCCGGUGACGGCAAGGGCACGGUUAAGUCGACUUCCCUUGACCUCAACCAAUGCUUCACCUACACGGGCACCAAGAUCCAGUACAGCGGCAAAGGCCACUUGGGUGAUUCCUGCAGCGACUGCUAUGUCUACCGCAUCGAGGACCCGGUCUACGGGCCGAUUUUCGGCACCACCCGUGUUUGGCUGAGCUGCUCUUGCAACGGCUCCGAGAGUCAAAUCGAACUUGAUACUACGCCCGUGUCCAACCAGUACGGAACUCUGAGCUGCACAUCAUGA